AUGUAUGUGUAUGAGAAUGUGUAUGAGAAUGUGUAUGAGAAUGUGUAUGAGAAUGUGUAUGAGAAUGUGUAUGAGAAUGUGUAUGAGAAUGUGUAUGAGAAUGUGUAUGAGAAUGUGUAUGAGAAUGUGUAUGAGCAUGUGUAUGAGCAUGUGUAUGAGCAUGUGUAUGAGAAUGUGUAUGAAAAUGUGUAUGAGAAUGUGUAUGAGUAUGUGUAUGAGAAUGUGUAUGAGAAUGUGUAUGAGCAUGUGUAUGAGCAUGUGUAUGAGCAUGUGUAUGAGAAUGUGUAUGAGAAUGUGUAUGAGAAUGUCAUGAGACUGUGUAUGGAGUACUGUGUAUGA